CCUGCUGCUGUUUAGUAUUUUGGUGGCAGCAGCAGCAAGCCGUGGAGGCAAGUCCAAGAAAGGUGGAGACUCCUGGUGAACUUCCUGCACAAUACUCUUGAAGCACCACCAAGAGAGAAGUGGGGAGGCUGCUGCUGGGGCAAGGACGAAUGGAUAUACGACUAACUUGACUCCUUUUUCGGCUGCGAAUCGACAAAAAAACACUUUGUGGUCGAUUAUAUACACAUCUACCUGGCGUGUAGCUAGCUAGCAGCGCGGCUGCUGGAUACGAGAUUCCCAACGUUUGAUAGCGAGGCGGUGCGAAGGACAGGAAUGGAGGUUGUGGUGGAGUAUGAUUACGAGGCGAUCCAUGAGGACGAGUUGACCCUGCGACUGGGCGACAUCAUCAAGAACGUGCGCUAUAUAGAGGAGGAUGGUUGGAUGGAGGGGGACCUUAACGGGAAAAGGGGCCUCUUCCCCGACAACUUCGUCAAGGAAUUGAAGAAGGAUUCCAAAGAGGUCAAAGAAACAAAAAGUGAGCCGAAAGAGGAGACCUCUCAGCCUCUGAGGAGAGAGAAGAGUGCAGGGAACGUGGCCAACCUGGUUCAGAGGAUGAGCACCAUCGGCAUCCCAACUGGUGGCUUCUUGCCUCAGCCCCCAGCACCCGCAAAGAAGCCUAAGAAGAGACAGUGCAAGGUGCUGUUUGACUACCAGCCACAGAACGAAGAUGAGCUGGAGCUGAAAGUCGGAGAAAUUAUAGACAUCAUCGAAGAGGUUGAAGAGGGCUGGUGGAACGGCCUGUUUAACGGCAAGUCGGGACUCUUUCCUUCCAACUUCGUCAAAGAGCUGGAUGCCACGGGAGAGGACGGAGAAUCCAACGACACCGCGGCAGAUGAGACUGAUGGAAGUGGUGUGGAAAGCACCGCUACCCCAACAUCACCUCAACCAGCCUCAGGGAACGGAGUCAUCGCCCAGCCCAAGAAGAUCCGAGGUGUCGGCUUCGGAGAUAUUUUCAGAGAAGGGUCAGUCAAACUAAAGGUCCGACUGCCCAGCCCUGAAACAGAGGAAAAGAAGGAGAAACCAAUCCCAUCAUUACCAUCUGCUGCAAAGCCCGCCCAUUCCAACAUGACAGACUCGCAGAGAGCAGACGGAGAGAGCAAAUCCAAAGCUAAAGAGUGCUGUAAGGUCACCUUUGCUUUUGAGGCCACAAACGAGGACGAGCUGAGCCUGAGAGAGGGCGACAUCAUCCAUAUACUGAGCAAAGACACAGGAGAGCCCGGCUGGUGGCGAGGGGAGAUCGGGGGCAAAGAAGGCGUCUUUCCUGACAACUUUGUCGUUUUGCUUUCAGAGGCAGAGAAAGAGACUCCCACGUCGAGAGGGUCAGUGAAGUCAUCACCUAAGCAGGAGUCAGAGGAGAAACCGAAGAAGCCACCUCCACCAUCAAAAAGCAUAGGUCUCAAGCCGGAGCUUCCCAGUGCCGACAGAAAGCCUCAUCCCAUCAAGCCAGAGGACAGAGUUGACAAGCCUACGCCAGAUCACAGACCAUCCAAGCCUGCAGCGCCGGUGGUCCCGCCCAAGAAGCCGGUCCCCCCUCCAGGGAAAGCCAGACCGGGAGGCCUCCCACCAAAGAGGCCCGACAAGCCUCUCGCUCCCUCGCCAAACCUGAAGCACAAUGGAGAGGUGCCUUCCACACGACCAAAGUCUGACUUCGAGCCAUCAUUUCCUAUCAAACCCAAAACGCUGUCUGGUGACUGGGGGGAGAAGUCCUCAGAUAUGGAUCUGAUGAGUUUUGAUGAGUUGUCGUCGUCUACCUCGGAGAAGCUCUCUCACCCCACUGCUAACAGACCAAAGAUGCCUGGCAGGAGGCUGCCCGCCCAGUUCGGUGGAGGACAUUCGCCGAACAAGGAAGUAAAUGUGGAGAAAUCCUUCAAGAUGGAUGAGGAGGAUGCAGCCAAACCAAAGCUAACAGAAGCCAGAAAGCCUUCCACAAACACCUUAUCCCAGUCACCGUCAAUCCACAGGCCCAACGCGGCCAACACCGAGGCCAAGCCCAGCCCCGCGGCCCCAAACUCCAGCUCAGACAGCGCGUCUCAGGCCAGAGAAGAGCCCAGCUCCCAGCUGGACGAGCUGAGGAAUCAGAUGAAGGAGCUGCUGCUGUCUGUGGAGCUGCUCAAGAGCCAGCAAAUGAAAGAGAUAGCGGAGCUACGAGGAGAGCUGGAUGAGGAAAGGCUAAAGCGCGUGGCCCUGCAGAUGGAGAUAGAAAAACUAAAGCGGACUGUCCACUCAACGUGAAGCCCACGCUCCAAUCAACAGCAAGCCUCAAGGUCAGCUGCUGGCCUGUCGACCAACCGGAGCGCUGGAGGGCGGUGACGGGCGGAUAUUUGAAUGGGCGGAGAGAGAGAGAGAGGGUGGGGGGGGGAAUCGGAUGAACCACCUCGAGCACAAUCCUUUUCAGUGAUCUACAAAAAAUAAACUCUCCCCAUAUUUGUAAGAUUUACAUUUUGCACAUAUAAAUUUUUUUGUUUUCAAGCUAGAUGUAAUUAAGUUACAGAUGUAUAUGUUUCUCUUUUUUUCUUUUUUUUUUUGCCAACACAAAACAACUGAGGCCUUACUUCAAACUACUGCGCUGGACUUGCAACUCUGCCACUCACGCUCUCUCCCCUUCACUCCUGCGUUCCUCGAACUCCUCCGGGAAGAGGUUCGCUCUCAGUACUACUGACUUUUGUAUAAAGCAGGGGGCACUUGAUUUCUCCGCCUAAUUUUCUUUCUCAUAUUUUUUAUGAUGCACAAAAUAGUUGAUUUUAAAAAAAAAAAAUAAGAAAUUUGUUUGAUUUCAGUUAACAUCUUUGGAUCCUCGCAGCAAGUAAUUUUUCUUUCCUAUGAGGCGUCUGUCAGCAGUACUCCACUCCCAUCACUGCAGCGCCUCAGAGAGCUCUGCUUUCUUUUUUCUUUGUCUAUAUGUUUUCUAGCAUUCCUAUCCAGGGUAACACUACUGUGCCUGUUUAAAAAAAAAAAAAAAAUCUAUCAAGUGUUUGUAUUGGGAGCUUACAUUUGCCAUGAUGGUGUCUGGAAAAUGUGGAGCAUGAUAUUGUAUAUCUAUAUUUUUUAAGUCUACUGACAUGUCUAGUCAAAUACUAUAUAUAGAGGGCCUCUUCUAUGCUGGUCUCUUCUAUUUUUGUCAAACUGUUUCACCUGCUGGGAAUGUUCUCAGAAGUUUAGCCACAUAUAGAAUCUGCAAGUAAUGCAGACAAGUAUCCACAUGCAAAAAAAAAAAAACCCCUAUCCCCUCUAAUGAGGGGAAAAAAAGGCUGCAUUCUUCCAUUAACAAAGUUGCUGACCAACAUAUUGACAUGUUUAUCAAAAAGGCAGCCUGUUUAUGAUCAUCUCUGCAACUUGCUCUGCUCUUUUUUUUUUGUUUUUAACCCGGCGAUCAUCCCUCUAAUCCCCGUCAGGUCCAUUCUACCUCUUCCGCUCUUUUAUCCCACCCCUCUUUGAUUCAGUGAAUCCCAUGAUCUGAGAGUAGACCCGUCUUUCUGCUCUGUCAUGUGUUAUGCAUGAGCCUGCACGGCACUCAUCAUUUUUCCUUUCUGUAUCGUAUAUAUGUCUGUCUACUUGUCUACAUCUCUUCCCACAUUCCAAGUAUUGAGGUUAAGCUAACUGGAAGCAUGCAGUACAGCGCAGCAAUAAUAUUAUAAUACACUCACAUCCUCCCUAUUUUAGCUUUUACCAGCAGAGAGUUAAAGCCCCUAUGUGUAGAAUUUUUGUGGUUACAGUGUCGUUCUUUUUUUGUUUUUAAUGGAAAAUUGAGACAAUCCUGAUAAAACACUGGUUCAGUCUGUGUGUCUACCAUAGUGUCUCUUCAGCCACACUAGCAGCGGGACUCAAGAGAUGGCAAUUAUAAUAAGUCAAUCAGUUGAUUUGUCUGUCCACUGCUUUGGUUCAGAAUGUUUCAUAGUGAACCCUAAUGACUUUUUGUGUUUCAAAAAGGUCAAAGUUUUCACUUAUCCAAUGAAAUAUCUCAACAUUUAAUCAUUUACAGACAAUUUGGUUAUUAAUAUCCCCUAACUUUUUAUCUAGCGCCAUCAUCAGGAUCAAACUUUAAAGAGCAAGUUAACAGCAGACUGAUGAGAAGUUUCUUGGUUGAAUGUUUCAAGUCUGCUUCAUCUCUGAACACGUCGCCUCUGACCACUGCCGGGUGUUGUCAGAAGUAUGCUCCGUUGCACCCCUAAUCACACCCAACGGUGAUGUCAUGAUGUACUGACACACCCCGCAGUACACUACUGCAGCAAGCUAAGAGGUUAAAAAACUGGAGUUUCAGCUGCCCUUAAGUUACUCUUUAAAUUCAAAGACCAAAUAAAUACCUGCAAAACUAAUGACAUUCCCAUCAGCCUCAGCUGUAUUUUGUCUUAUGGGCUAAUUAUGCUAGCAUCAUAGCCCCACUGAUCCUGGAUUUUUGAGGCUGAUAAAAAAAAUCAUAUUAUUAGUCAUCUUUUUACAAUUUUUUUUUUUUAACAAUUGUGACCAAGUUCUAUAGUCUUUGCAAGCAUGUUAGCUGUUAGCAUGUAGCUUAAAGUGCCCAAGCACAGCUGCUAGCAUUGCUGUAGACUCUUAGUGUUUUUUUGAUACUACACCUUGGAGUUGCCAAAGUCUAAAAUAAAGGUUCAAAUCCUACACAUAGGGGGUUUAAGAUGGAGCUCAUAAACAGAAGAGAAAAAGGGUUGGAUGCUUACUGUACUGUACAUUGCUGUACUUUCUCAAAAGCAGUUUCAGCAUUACAGAAGUGCUGCUAUUAACACUUCUGGAUGCUAAUCUUUUUUAAAACCUGGGUAACUGGAUUCUUAUCACUGCUAGCAAGGUUGAGGGCGGCAGAAAUGUGAGCGUUGAAACGGGAGUUAUACUCUGUGGGACUGAAUGUAUAAUGAGUAGUUCUGUGCUGAUGGAAAAGCGUAUCUUAAUGCUGAGAUGCUUUUGAGAAACCAACACCAGUACAGUACCAGGUGUAAACCCUCUGACCUACUGCUACUGUGUACCACAAAUACAAGUAUUGGUUACUGUUAUUCUUUGUUUUUUUUUAAAUUUUAUUUUACAUAUUGUUAUACAUAUCUCACAUAUGUCUUAAAGACGCGUUACUUUACUUUCAAAUCAUCCUCAGGCUUCAUUCCAUGUGUAAGAUAUGUGUGUACGUGCUUUCACUGGUAUCUGCUUGCACAUAUUCAAGUAACAGCGUCCAUGAUGUUAGAAUUCUGGACUGUUGGGAGUGCUUUGACCAACUUGAUACUGUAUAUCUGACCUUUAUAAACAUGGCACUCAUGCAGUAUGUCAAUGCCGGACAUAAAACACGCAAACUCUUCCUUUUAGCUCACAGCUCUUUAACAAUAUGGCUGUUCAAUGAAAUAAUCACACCGUGGGAACGAGGGAUCGGGUGACAGCUCUUAUUAUGUAAUAUCUGUAAUAUGGCUUAACUUCCACAUAUUGUACAUUCCAGAGUUUGACACCAAGAAAAGAAGAAAUCUGUGCACAUUUAUAACAUUUUCAAGUGAUUUUGUUUACAAGAGCUGUAUCCUUGCAUGAGCUGAGAUUCUUUCCAAAAAAUGAAUAAAUAUCAUCUUUAUUUACUGUCAUAGA